UCAUUGAUGUCGGAACCAGGCCACUCAAUAUGCGGGCGUCUGGCCGCCUGAAAAAAAAAACCCAUUUCGUCCCGCGGCAACAUGCACACGUUCUCAGGCCCAUAUUUGCUUCAGCUUAAUUUGUUCUUGCGUCUCUCUUCUCGGUCGCACUGACUGCUCAUAUUUUUCGUUUGUCAGGCUGCCCAUCUCGAGUCGUAAACGAUACGCAUAUCAGGGAUGGAGAUGGCCGAGGACCACAGGGACACGAUGGCAAGAAAUCGAGCCGAAAAUUCGAAAAGGAGCAGAUACAGAGGCUCUUCGGCCUCACACGGUCGCUGCCAUUUCGGACCGAUACCCCUCCUCGCCACCGUCUUCUUUCUGCAGCUCACCGCACCGGGCCAUGCCGCCGAGUUCACACAGACCUUCAGUGGCCUCACCAAGGACGCCGACCUAGCACUGGAAUGGGGUGGCAUCGACGUCCGCUACGCGCCCCUGACCAUCCACGCCGUCGUCGUCAACCGCACCGGCGACGAGAACCGCGCCAACGUCUUCAGGAGGGACUUGGCAGUGGGAAUCCAAGGCACAUCAUGGGUGUGGAAAAGCAUGCCCUCGCCGCUGCCAUACCUCGCGACGGGACAGUAUCAAGUCGAGAUUAGGACCGAGGCACGGGCGAACACGACAGCAGGGAGUGCACCGCCGCUAUUGCCAAAGUCGCCAUACUUUUCAAUCAUGAAAGUCAAGAGCCUUCAGCCCACUGGGAAUCCAGGGGCAGCCCUGCCCAGCCCCGCAAGCGAUAGUGGCGGGAGCGGCAGGCCCAGCAACAAGACGAUAUCCCUGGCGGUCGGAAUUGUCGUGACCCUGGUCGUUCUACUCCUAGCUGGGGCCAGCUGCCUUUGCUGGAGGAGGCGGUACCUGCGUGCCAAGAGAACAAAGAAGCGCGAGAACAAGUUCGACGUCGUCAUCCACUGAGGCCUCUAGGUGGCAGCUACACUUCCAUCUCUUGGCAAAUUGCUGUGAGAGUCUCAUUCAGAACUGGCCUCGGGAGUCUUUGCCCUCGACUUGCGGCGGCCUGGUCGAGGUCCUCGAGGAUGGCCAGCAGCUGCCUCUUCUCACUGCGACAAGCUCUCGUGGCGUCUUUGGCUGUUUGACGCGCGUGGUGAGGGAGAGCAGGGAGUGUCACCGCCACGGCGCCACCCUUUAUUGUGGCCCGGGUGGCUGCCUAGAGGAUGGCCAUGUCGCCAGUCCUUGCCACGCCAAACAAAAACAAGCCACUCCAAACUCGGCCUAAAAAAUCACAACAGGCCCAAGGUGGAAAUUCCGCCCCGCCCAGCCAGCUAGCCAGCCGUGUGCACUGGGGUUUAUGGCCCGGCUUCUACCACAGAGUUCGGGAUGCCCGUGGUAGUCGCUUGGGCGCACAAGCCUUGACUUUCCUCGAUGCCCCCGUCAUGGAGAAAGAGUCAUCAGAGGGAUUAGAUGAGCGGCACGCGCCACUCAGGAACGAAGGAGCUGAGGAUAGGGUGUGAUGGUGGAGCGAGGGGAGCGUUGUGAUUGAUCCGGCGAACUCGGGUGGGAACGCACCCGAUCACUAGACUGACUGCGGGAGGCGCCCCUGCACUUGGGUUGGUGGCUUGCAGUGCGCGUCGGGGUUUUGUUUCCUUGCUUCUUCUCGCUUUCCAUGGGUUUCCCAUCCCAUCCCAGGAGCUGCUUGAGUAGCUUCCAGAUUUUAGGCCAGGCAGGCGGUGAUUGGCAUUUGUUCGCGCAGACUGACCGCUUUGGUGGGAAAAGGAGCAUGGCUGGCCGUUGGCACCGCUUCUCGCUUGCGCUGGUCUUGGGUUUGAUGGUACCAGCGGGUCUGGCUGCGUGCAUAAAAUUGCGGGCGCUCUAUUCAUGAAC